CAAAUGAAUAGCGAAUUCGUUUAUUUUUUGUAGAUUUUUUGAAUAUUAGCUAAAUUAGACGCAGUGAUGGGACUUCAGACUAUUCAGACCUUUUGUCGAUUGCGUCCUACUGGUGAAGAAGACGUCAAAUACAUUAUUCAUCAACCGAUAAAAGAAGAUGAAGCAGAAGACGACAAAACAUCGAUAAGCUCGAAGUCAGCGCCGUGGGAAGCUUUGGACUUUCAUUUGCCAGCUCAUAAAGUGAAUCCAUAUAGUAGUCCAAAAGAGAAGAAAUACAGUUUUUUGUUCAGAAAAGUUUUUGACCAAGACGCUAGCCAAGAGGAAGUUUUUGAAAUAACAGCAAAGCCUGUAUUAGACAAUGUAUUAUCUGGCUACAACGGAACUAUUUUUACUUACGGCCAAACUGCAACGGGAAAGACGUACACAAUAUUAGGUGAAGAAUUUGAAACUUUAGAUUCUACAGAACGCGGAAUCAUGCCACGGUCGAUAUGUUACUUGUUCGAUAAACUAAAUGUGACGAAAGAGGAGGAAGGAGGACAUUUUGAAGUUCAAAUUUCGUACCUGGAAAUAUACAAGGACGUGGGAUACGAUCUUCUGAGCGGCACGCGGGAGAAACGAAAGGUGACAAAGUUUGACGACUUGCAACAAGUUAUUAGCAGGACUGAUGCAAAAAACAAACUCCAUCUUGUUCAUUUAUCUACGCACUCUGCAAAGACAAAAGAGGAGGCGUUAGAACUGUUCAUUAGAGGAAGCCAAAAUAGAAUAUUAGCCGAAACUUACGUCAACGACGCAUCAUCACGUUCACAUUGUGUUUUUACAAUUUUACUUCGAAUCAAGGAAGAAAAGGAAUCAACAAAAAUACAGAUUUCUAAAAUGAAUUUUGUUGACUUGGCUGGAUCUGAAAGAGUUGGUAAAACACACAAUGCAGACAGGUCGCUUCUAGCCGAAGCGCGAAAUAUAAAUCUAUCGCUGCAUCAUUUGCAGCAAGUCAUUGUAGCCCUCGGAAAAACGGAAUCAAAAGUGAGAAGACCAAAAAACAAAAAAUUUAGGCACCGGGAUAACGAUAAACAUGUACAUGUGCCUUAUCGAAACACCAUGAUCACAUCUGUUUUGAGGGGUAGCCUUGGAGGAAACUGCUUAACAAGUAUGGUAGCAACGGUGAGUGUUCAAAACGAAAACAUUCAGGAAACUUUAUCAACUUGUCAAUUCGGACAGCGUGUUGCAAGAAUACAGAACAGAGCCGUUAUCAAUCAAUCAGCUGAUCUCGAAGCUGUGGUUUCCAGACUCGAAGAAGAAAAUAGAAGGUUGAGAGAUAAACUUCGUGAAGCUACUUCUUCGAAAAUUGAAGAACCUUUGACCGAAGAAGAAAUGCAAACAAUGUUUGAAUUGGUUACAGAAUAUUUGGCAUCCGAGGAUGGCGAAAAAGAACUAGAAGUUGUUGAAGGAGCCAAAAGAAUACAAUUUUGUUAUCAAAGGUUGAAAGAGUACGCCGUUAGUGGCACAAAGAAAAAGAAACGUAAAGGAUUUUUUGGGUAAUGAUAUGUAACAAUGUCAAUAAACAUAAUUAUGACGGAGGUUAUAGGUAUCACGGAACUUUUUGAGCACGCAGUGUUAUAUGUAUGCUUACGAUAUUUUGUGAUGUGAAAAUGGAACACUGGUAUUUGUGCAAGCUACAUUCUCGCCAUGUCAUGGUGUGUUUAAUAGCCACUCUCAUUUGCAAUAUAUUUCAAAUGAAAUUAUAUAUAUUACUUGUUUCAUGCUAUACGUUAUUGAUCUGUAAAUAAGAUUUUAAACGGAAAUAACCUAUUUCUGUAAGAUAUUUUCCAUCACUUCUAUGUUUAAGCACGCACUAUUCAGAGCACGAUAGACUAGUUCUGAAUGAUCACAUAUUCAAGUAUUUGCUCGAAUCAUAUUAUUUAUCGUUUACUACGGAAUAUCUUUAUAAGAUAUAUUUAGUUAUUAUUACUUAGUUGUGUUUAGAAUUAAAAAAACAAACAAAAUUAGUAAAAA